AUGAGUGAAUGUCCAUAUGCACACAAGAAGAGCAAUGUUGCCGGAGGUGGUACUCGCAACACUGACUGGUGGCCCAAUGCCUUGAAGCUGAGUGUCCUUCGCCAGCACACAGAUGCCACCAAUCCUCAAAGCAAGGACUUUGAUUAUGCCGCAGCUUUCAAAACUCUCGACUAUUGGGGUCUCAAGAAGGAUCUCAAUGCUCUCAUGACAGACUCGCAGGAAUUCUGGCCUGCUGACUUUGGUCACUAUGGCGGGCUUUUCAUUCGUAUGGCCUGGCACAGUGCCGGUACAUACCGAGUCUUCGAUGGACGUGGUGGUGGUGGCCAGGGUCAACAGCGUUUCGCUCCCUUGAACUCGUGGCCUGAUAACGUGUCUCUCGACAAGGCGCGCCGUCUGCUUUGGCCUAUCAAGCAGAAGUACGGUAGCAAAAUUUCCUGGGCUGAUUUGCUGCUCUUGACCGGUAAUGUCGCUCUGGAGUCCAUGGGCUUACAGACGUUUGGCUUCGCCGGUGGUCGUCCCGACGUCUGGGAGGCGGAUGAGUCGGUUUACUGGGGAAGUGAGAAUGUCUGGUUCACCAAUGAAGCUCGUUAUGAGGCCGAGACCCCAGAGGAGAAGGCCAAGCAGAGUGAUAUCAAGACUCGUGAUCUAGAGGACCCGCUGGCCGCGGUCGUCAUGGGUCUGAUCUACGUCAACCCCGAGGGUCCCGAUGGAAACCCCGACCCCGUUGCCGCCGCCAGAGAUAUUCGCAUCACGUUCGGUCGUAUGGCCAUGAAUGACGAAGAGACCGUUGCCUUGAUUGCUGGUGGUCACACCUUCGGAAAGACCCACGGCGCUGCCGCUGCCAGUCACGUCGGAAAGGAACCCGAGGCUGCAGGAAUCGAGUCCCAGGGUCUCGGAUGGCACAACGCCCACGGCUCUGGAGUCGGACCCCACGCCAUCACCAGUGGACUGGAGGUGACCUGGACCAAGACUCCCACCAAGUGGAGCAACCAAUUCCUCGAAUAUCUGUUCAAGUUCGAUUGGGAGCUGACUAAGAGCCCUGCUGGUGCUAACCAAUGGGUCGCCAAGGAUGCCGACAACAUCAUCCCCGAUGCUUUCGACUCCAGCAAAAGCCACAAGCCUCAGAUGCUGACCACCGAUCUUGCUCUGCGCUUCGACCCCGCUUACGAGAAAAUCUCCCGCCGCUUCCUUGAGAACCCGGGCCAGCUUGCCGACGCCUUCUCCCGCGCCUGGUUCAAGCUGCUUCACCGUGACAUGGGCCCUCGCGCUCGCUGGUUGGGUCCCGAGAUCCCCAAGGAGGUUCUCCUUUGGGAGGAUCCCAUCCCCACCCCCACCUACGCUCUGAUUGACACUGGAGACAUCAUCGCUUUGAAGAACGAGAUCCUCUCAUCCGGCGUUGAGCCCACCAAGUUUAUUUCCACCGCCUGGGCCUCGGCCUCUACCUUCCGCGGUGGUGACAAGCGUGGAGGAGCCAACGGCGCACACAUCCGCCUUGCUCCCCAGAAGGACUGGGACGUCAACAACCCUGCCCAGCUCCAGGAAGUCCUGAGCGUCCUGGAGAACAUCCAGAAACGCUUUAACGACUCCCAGAACGGCGAUAAGCGGGUCUCCGUUGCCGACCUGAUCGUCCUUGCCGGCUCAGCCGCUCUCGAGCGCUCCUCCGGCAUCCCAGUCCCCUUCACGCCCGGCCGCAACGACGCCACACAAGAGCAAACCGACGUCGAAUCAUUUGGUUGGCUGCGCCCCUUCGCUGACGGCUUCCGGAACUACGGCAAAUCUACCCGUCGCGUCCGCACAGAGCAACUCCUCGUCGACAAGGCCCAACAGCUCACACUCUCCGCCCCCGAACUUACCGUCCUCGUCGGAGGACUCCGCUCCCUCAACGCAAACUGGGACGGCUCCAAGCACGGCGUCUUCACCAACCGCCCUGGCCAGCUAAGCAACGACUUCUUCGUCAACCUGCUGGACAUGAACACAAACUGGAAGCCCACUGGUGCGGACAGCGAGUACUUCGAGGGCUUUGACCGCAAGACCGGUGCGAAGAAGUGGUCUGCGACCCGUGUGGACUUGAUCUUCGGACACCAUGCUGAGCUGCGUGCACUGGCUGAGCUUUAUGCUUGCUCUGAUGCCCAGGAUAAGUUCAAGAAGGACUUUGUUGCGGCCUGGGAGAAGGUUAUGAACUUGGACCGUUAUGAUAUCCCGUGUUUCCCUGCGACUGGUCGUCCCCGUCUUUGA